AUGCGGCGCUCGGCGCUGCGGCGGCCCGAGAGCCUGACGGACAAGUACCGCAUCCUGGGCAAGAUCGGCGAGGGCACGUACGGCAUGGUGUUCAAGGCGGAGGCGUACUCGUCGGCGCUGCUGCCGCGGCCGUCCAGCGGCGGCUCGGGCGGCGCCGAGGACGAGGAGCCCAUGACGUUCGCCAUCAAGCUGGUCAAGUCGCACAAGGAGGGCAAGAACGACGUGGUGCUGUCCAGCGCCACCGUGCGCGAGAUCAAGCUGCUGCGCGAGCUGCACCACGACAACGUGGUGCAUCUGCACGACGUGCACGUGGACCCGCGCGACAAGUCGCUGGCGCUCGUGUUCGAGUACGGCGACCACGACCUGCACGACAUCAUCGUUAAGCUGGCGGAUCUGGGUCUGGCCCGCAUCUACAAGGAGCCCAUCAAGGCGCUGUCCGACGUGGAGCGCGUGGUGGUCACGCUCUGGUACCGCGCGCCCGAGCUGCUGCUGGGUGCGAAGCAUUACACGAAGGCCGUGGACUUGUGGGCGGUUGGCUGCAUCUUUGUUGAGCUGAUCAACACGCGCGAGCUGUUCUGCGGCAAGGAGGUGGAGGGGUCCAACGCUCCGUUCCAGAAGGACCAGCUGGACAAGAUCUUCAAAGUGCUGGGCAUGCCCACGCCGCAGACGUGGGAGGGGCUGGAGAACUUGCCCGAGUACAGCCAUGUCGUGCAGAUGGGACGCGAACGCAAGUACCCGACCCAGUCGGAGCUGAAGAAUGCAGUUAAGGUUGGGCCUGGCCGCGCGGGCGCUGCACUUCUGGAUCUGCUUUCGAGGCUGCUGGAGUAUGACCCGGAAACGCGCAUCACGGCGAAGGAAGCACUGGAACACGAGUACUUCAAGGAGAUCGAGCCUGAACCAAGGGACUGGGCCUUUGACGAGCCUGGCAAGGAACCUGUUUCCUUCCGCACGCAGACUGUAGAGCCCGUAGCGGAAGAAAACCUCCCGUGGAAGAGCAAGAAAGACGGCGCAGCAGGAGCUGACGGCAAGCCGUCCGACGCUGCGGGUAGCCCUCACCGAGAUGGUUCCAGUAGCCGUCAUAAUGACCAUCGUGGACGUGACGCGCCAUCGCGAAGCCGCAGCCACCACAACUCGCGAGAUCCGCAGCAGCAACCUCAGCGACGAAGUGAUCGUGGCAACGCUGGGGACGCGAACGCACGAGACACGAGAAGCAGAGGGCCUCCUGCUGGAGGAAACGCGCAAGCCGCUGGAGGAUCAGCUUGGAGAGACCAGAGGAGUUCUGGCCGUUCCGGGGGAGCUGCUGCACCUAAUGCUGGCGCGAUCACAGGUGCCAAGCGUCCAAGUGGCGGCGAGCGCCCCACUAGCGCGAGUUCAAACCGUCCUCGGAGUCCAAAGCAGCCUCGCCGCAGGUGA